AUGCAAUGUCCGGCUUAUAUUAUUGUUCUUCUCUCGUUUAUUUCUCAUCUAGAUGCUCAUCAUGCUUUAGCUAUUGAGCAACAACCAUUUGAAUUAUCGACUGCAUCCGAACAAGAACAUACUAUAACCAGUGUACUUAUGCAAUCAGUGAUAUUACCUUGUAAAGCUAUCCUACUCAUUAUGGAACCUGAUAGAGUUAUGUGGUAUAAAAUUACCAAUUCUGGUCAAUCAUCUCUAAGUGUUGACAACUAUUUAAUUACAAAAGAUUCUCGUAUAAGUGUUGCCUAUUACAGUUUUGAUCAUGGACUGUCACCUGCUAAAUGGGAUUUACAUAUAACAGAUUUACGUUUAUCAGACACAGCUCAUUAUCAAUGUCAUGUUAUCCAAAAAGAUGGUCGUAUUUCAGCUCGAUCUAAUGUUAAGCUUGUCGUUGAAGACGUUAUUGUUAGAAUUCAACCAAGCGAUGUUCUUGUUUCUGUUGGUGAUAAAACAGAAUUUUCUUGUAAUUUUACUGGACAACAUCGAAUACUACGUGACAAAAUAACAUGGCUUAAAGACGGUAAACCAAUUACAACUGACACCAGUCAUGUAACAACAUCAACGGAAUUAGUCGAUGCAACAGUAACUGUUUUACAUAUCACUGCAUCUCGUCCAAGUGAUGGUGGUUCAUAUCGAUGUUCCGAUGGUCAUAGUGCUCAAAGUAAAGAAGCGAGAUUAUAUUUACGUGAUGACAAUGCGCAUACUUUUCUUCGUUCAUUAUCAUCUGCAGCUUCCUCUUUUUCAAAAUCUUUAUCAUCUCGAACAGUUUUUUGUUUAUUCAUAUUUCUUUUUUUUUCUUUUUAA